AUUUUGAAGUGGUGAGUUUUUUUACUGUAAAUUAUUCGUAAUAUCUAUAAAAGAAAAUAGCUAGCCACUGAAGCCACCUCAUCAUGCCGGAGCUUAUAGAGCAGAUGUACUGCUCCCAGCAGAUUGUAAUACCUCCGAAAUUUCCUUAUAUCCUCAAGAGAUAUUGUAAAGCGGCGAUAAAAACUCAACCGUACGAUCUUCUACGCUGGUCGUUUGAGUACUUCAGAGCAUUGGCUGAGCACCGAGCUCCGCCCGUGAAGCUUAGACUGGAGUAUCCUAUCUACAGCACUGAAGGGGGACUGACUCGAGGCUGCUUGAAGGUCUUGGCUAAUCAGAUGUAUGGCAUGACAGAUGUGCCCACAGCGGUCGUGAAGCGCGCCUGGCAAGGGUUCUGCUUAGACCACAUGGAGCUGAAGAGGAUCCUGUGUCUCUGUGAGGUGUACCUGCGACAGGAUUCAGUGCCUUUGUUACAUUUCUUGGCGGUCGCUGGUGGGAUGUUGACUAAGUGUCUAACUCACACCAUGAUUCUUCUGUGCGAGUCUCUAACCAAGGAGCCUGAUGGUGGUUCAGCAGCUAUACCAAUGGAGGACUUCCUGAAGAUGUACAGGUUCCUCGCACAAGUGGACGCUUCCAAGGAUGUUCAGUACCAUAAUGGGUAUAGAGAAGGUGCUGCACCUGCCAUUCCUGUCAUGGAGUUAGUUCAAGAUGAUGGAGAAGAUCAAGAAGCGGCUGAUCCUGCAAGAAUGAUUAAAGUGGACUCCGAUGAUGAUGAAGAAGACGAUGAGUAUUGGGAAGACCAGGAUGUUCAACGACUAGCCUUAAUAGACGACCACGUGGCUCGCACUGCCAGACUGAGUGUCAAACUGACGUUACCUACUAUCGGGAAGAUUGAGAGGUCGGCUUCUAUAGAGCGUAUACGAGAAGCCGAGAGGGAUAACUAUAUGAGAGAGAGAAUAGGGAGACCUGCACCAGAUGAAGAAGUUGAUAAAAAACUGAAGCAGCUCAGUGCUACUAAAAUGCAAGAUUUUGGCUAUGGACCACCAGAAACGCCAGCUGCUGAAAGAAAAGAAGACGAAGGACAUCAAAAAUCUAUAGAAAUAUUGGUCUUUGACGAAGAAGAUCAACCCGUCAAAUUAGAAAUAUACGGGGAACCAAGAGAUGAGGCUGAGGCUGAAGAACUGUUCGUGGCUGAACCAGGGAAAACACCGGAAGAUGGAGAAGAAGUUGCUAUGGUUACCAAGUCGGAGAAACUGGCCCUGUUCUUAUGCAAAACAUAUGAAUACCGUGAACAACGCUUGGAAGAUUUGGAGCAAACGUUCUCAGAAAUAGCAACUAUUGUGGAUAAGUUCAAGACUGCCAAUUAUGAUCUUGGAAUGGUGGCUGGGCGUCAAAUGUCGACUACCAGUGGAGAGUUUAUUGUCCAAACUAUAGAGAAAGAAAUUAUGGACUACAUCGAUGAACAAAUUGCUAUAUUACCUGAUCCUGAUCUGAAGAAGAAGAAGGCCAAGCCGGAGGAAGUAGCGAUGAUCAGAGAUAUAUUGGAGCAGUUCCUGGAUGAUAACAUGGAGAUCAUAGUUCCAGAGGUUGAAGAGAUUGAGGAGGAAGAAACCCCUAUACCUGAGAUCACCAUGGUGUAUGCCGUCCCGGGUAUAGGCGGUCCGGUAGACAAGGAGAUAAUGGCAGAUUUCGAGGAGUUCAUCAAGGAAGUCUGCAAGUUACAAGCUGAAAUGGUGAUGCCUAGAAACAUACGUCACUUCCUCUGCCCUCCGCUUGAGAAGUAUGUGGAACACGACUAUACAGAAUUUGAACCUCCCAAGCCAGAAGUCACUACAGGUUCAAAACCUUCAAGUCCGAAGAAAGGCUUAACACUGCCGUAAAUCUACAGCCUAUAGUUAUACAUGUUAUAUUUCACAAAAGCGGGUGAACCAAACUUGUGUGUGUAAAUAUACAUGCACAUUGUGUUUGUAUGACUCGGCGACUCGACCACUACUGAGCGCUCCCGAGCUUUUUCAAAUGACCCCUCCCGCUGUGGGUUAGCAGCGGUGAGGGAGUGUCAGACUCUUACUGACUAAAAACCGUCGUGUUUCGUCGUGGACCUUUUAUGUACCAGGGCCGCGGUAACUCUUUCGAACAAUCCCGCAGCUUACGCAUACUAAGACAAUGUUCAUGUACAUUUCCACACACUAGUAGGUAUGGCUCAACCGCUUUUGUGAGAUAAACAUCUAGAGGUGUGAAGAAGUCACGUUUUCAUAAAACUGUCUGUAUUUUUUAACUAUGUACUGUGUCUAUUUAUUGAAACCGUUUUAGAAGUUCUAUGUAUUGUGUAA